AUGCAGCACCACCGUGCCGAUGAUAUCGCCUUUUCUGCCUAUAAUGCCGAUAAUGAAGACUAUUACGCCUUUUUACCUAGUGAUGAGUCCAUCAGCGACGGGGAAGAUGCUUCAGUAUCACCUAUUGCUGCUAAAAAUCACGAUUCAGUGGAAGAAUUGGCCGCGGUAUUCACGUCCGAGAACGCCAUUGGCUCUUCAUCCAAGGUUUUGACCCUUCUCGGCAGCUUAAAUGGUAGUAAAGCACCGCAUAAAGAGAUGAAAAAGACACGAGAACAAGUGAAAGUGGUAGCUCCAGGGGUUUUCAACGUCGGAGGAGGUGAAAUAGUAAAAGUCUCACCUCAAACUUUAGAGCUUUAUGAUGCAAGGAAAAUGCAGUUACAAGACGCAUUGGAUGCUGCUACAGGUGACAAUCGAAAUGGAGAAGCUCCAUUUCGGUUUGCAAUACAGGACAAGCAAAUGGUGAAGUUUACGGAUGAAAUGAAUGUUGAAAGAUCGAGUGCAUCACCGACUUCGAUGUUCGAUCGGGUAGAAGGUCAUGCACCGGAAAAGAACAAUUUAGGUAGAAGACGACCUGUUACGGAAAGAAAGGAGAGUGAUGACGAGAAGGAGGAGGAAGAAAUGGUUGAAGAAAUGGUUGAGCCAGAUAUGCUGUAUGAUGAACAGCUGGACGAUGCGGACGAGCAGUGGGUACAAACGAACUUUCGUGGAGCUCACGCUGCAAAUUCAGAGACAGAUGCAAUGCUGUGCUGUCCAUGUUGCUUUGUGACGCUAUGCAUGGCGUGCGAAAGGCAUGCCACCUACACCAGCCAGUAUCGAGCUACUGCAGCAAUCAACUGUCGUGUCAAGCGAAGCGAAAUCCUCACUUAUGCAUUAAGCGAAAGUAAUUGUGCACCUGCAUCGCUGCCGUUCCACAAGCGGCAGAAUCUUAAUACAGGAAGCGGCCACAAGACAAGCUCCACCACACCAGGCCAGCAGAUUGCAAGUUUUUUGCAAGCAGAUGAGUAUUUUUCUGUGGCAUGCUCAGACUGCGGCACGAUAGUGGGUGUCUUCGACCGAGACCGGCAAUACCAUUUCUUUAAUGCUUUACCCAGCAAUUGCUAG